UAUCUGCAACGGAAUUAGCUAUAGCAAUUAUGUCUGUUUCCACUGAUCUGCAUAUUGUCUGUAUCGCCUUCUUGUGUGCUAAUUUGCCAUGGAUGAUGAUUUCGAGUUCCCAACAUCCAGCAACUUGGAUGAGGAGAUGGACAUCCCGGAGGAGGACCCAGUUAGCCCCAUUCUGAAGGUUGGUGAGGAGAAGGAGAUUGGCAAGAAUGGACUCAAGAAGAAGCUGGUCAAGGAGGGUGAGGGAUGGGAGACCCCAGGCACCGGUGAUGAAGUGGAAGUGCAUUACACUGGCACCUUGCUCGACGGAACCAAGUUUGAUUCCAGCCGGGAUAGGGGGACGCCUUUCAAGUUCAAGCUUGGCCAAGGACAAGUAAUCAAGGGCUGGGAUGAGGGUAUUAAAACAAUGAAGAAGGGAGAAAAUGCCAUUUUCACUAUCCCUCCAGAAUUGGCAUAUGGAGAAUCAGGGUCACCUCCAACGAUUCCUCCUAAUGCGACUCUUCAGUUUGAUGUGGAGUUGCUUUCUUGGACUAGUGUCAAAGACAUCUGCAAAGAUGGAGGAAUCUUUAAGAAGAUACUUGUUGAAGGGGAGAAAUGGGAGAAUCCAAAAGAUUUGGAUGAAGUAUUUGUUAAGUAUGAAGCCCGCUUGGAAGACGGCAGACUUGUUUCAAGAUCAGAAGGGGUGGAGUUCACUGUUGGAGAGGGGUACUUCUGUCCUGCCUUGGCAAAAGCAGUGAAGACCAUGAAGAAAGGAGAAAAAGUACUGUUGACAGUGAAGCCUAAAUAUGCAUUUGGUGAGAAUGGUGGGCCAGGGAUAGGUGAUGAAGCUGCUGUUCCUCCAAAUGCUACCCUCCAGAUAACACUUGAGUUGGUCUCUUGGAAAACUGUUUCUGAUGUUACAAAGGAUAUGAAGGUCCUGAAGAAGAUCUUGAAGGAGGGGGAAGGUUAUGAUCGGCCCAAUGAUGGGACUGUGGUGCAAGUUAAACUAAUUGGGAAGCUGGACGAGGGGACAAUUUUUGUGAAGAAAGGUCAUGAUGAAGAGCCCUUUGAGUUUAAAGUAGAUGAAGAGCAAGUCAUUGAUGGACUAGAUAGAGCUGUUAAAAUGAUGAAGAAAGGGGAAGUUGCUCUUGUCACCAUCCAGCCAGAGUAUGCAUUUGGUGCAACUGAAUCACCCCAGGAAUUGGCUGUUGUUCCUGCCAAUUCAACGGUGUACUAUGAGAUUGAGAUGGUCUCAUUUGUCAAGGAGAAGGAAUCUUGGGAAAUGAAUACCCAGGAGAAGAUUGAAGCUGCAGGCAAAAAGAAAGAAGAAGGCAAUGUUUUAUUUAAGGCUGGUAAAUACGAGAGAGCCUCGAAAAGAUAUGAGAAGGCUGUGAAGUUCAUAGAGUAUGAUUCUGCUUUCAGUGAUGAGGAGAAGCAGCAAGCCAAGUUAUUAAAAACAACUUGCAACCUUAACAAUGCUGCUUGCAAACUGAAACUUAAAGACUACAAGCAGGCCAAGAAGCUAUGCACCAAGGUUUUAGAACUUGACAGUAGAAAUGUAAAGGCUCUGUACAGGAGGGCGCAAGCAUGUAUUAACCUUGUUGAUUUGGACUUGGCAGAGCACGAUAUCAAAAAGGCACUUGAGAUUGACCCUGAUAACAGGGAUGUGAAAGCAGAGUACAAGGUUCUCAAAGAGAAAGUUAAGGAGUACAACAAAAAGGAUGCACAAUUUUAUGGCAGCAUAUUUGCGAAGAUGAACAAGUUAGAGCAAGCAAGAGCCAGAAAGCAAGAGGCAGUGCCAAUGGCAAUAGACAGCAAGGCAUGAUAGCAUCAACCCCCUACCCCUUUCUGUCCUCCUUCCCCUCUCCUUGUUCUCAUCCUUUUGUCAACGUCAUAUAAGAAUGAAGUUGGUGCAUGAGUUAAAAGCUGAUCAGUUAGUGUGGAAUAUUAUGUACCAUGAAUUACUACCUAAUAGCAUCUCUAAAUGAUAAAAGAAUCUGUGUCUU